AGGAGACUCAAAACUGAGUCUCUUUGUUCUGAAUUGUUAUAUUAUCAUGGACACUCACCUUGCUGUAAGUGAGCAACAGUCUCGAACGAGCUGUCGGAGCGAAUAGUCAAUCUUUUAUAUACGCAUAUCAAAUAAUAUCGGUCUUUCUAGAUAAAUCAAUUUUUUCCUGUUACUUUCUAUACGAACGCUGCCUACAAAUUCUCAAAGGUGAUUAAUUGGUGAUUUGUGUUUGAUCGCGGAUACAUUUGCGUUUGAUCUAAUUUCAAGAUUACAAGAAGACAAUUAAGAAUUUUGUGUAUUUACAAUAUUUGUGUGCUGAGUAGCAGAGAUGCUGAGAGGAACAAAGACCGGGAACUGCUUGACCGUUAGAGAAUUAGAGAAACAAUUUCGUCCGCAUGACUUGCCCAUGCACGAUAAUAAAAAUGAGUCUAUCAUUCAAGUAUUGGAAGCUAACCCAGGAAUUGAAAACACCAUUACUGGUGAAGAAGCCGAAUCAGAGACAAAUACUGCAUUGCCGAGACGCGACGACUUGCCGAUUGUACAAUCGCAAGGCAUCAAUCACGCCUUUAUACAGAGAGAGUUGGAAUUGCUCCGACAAGAGCGAGAACUUCUGCGCAAAGAGAUUCAAAUUUUAAAGCGUCAACGAACAUCAUAUUUGGAAGAUAGUACGAUAGCAAUGCAAUCCACGAUUGGAUUGAAUAUAAAAAUGGUUUCGGAACUGUUGCCCGAAUUCUCAGAUGAGACAGGCGAUUUCCGCACCUGGAGACAGCAUCUGGAUUUAUUACGAAAGACAUAUCAGUUGGAGGACAGUGCGAUUAAAAUUUUGUUAAGUUUACGAUUAAAAGGUAAAGCACUAAAAUGGUUUUAUGCAAAAGAGAAGCAUUUGGAGAUUGCGGAGUUCUUGGACUCAAUGAGUUCAUCCAUCGACCAUCGCCCGAGUCAGCUGACAUUGUGGAAAAGAUUCGAGAAUCGUUUGUGGCAAAAGAAUGAAAGCUUCUAUGAGUACUAUUUCGACAAGAAUCAGGUACGGAUGCGUCGUCUUGAAAAGGUGGAGGACAUUCUGGAUACCUUUCAUAAUGUUACUCUUCGCGAUGAGCUGGAAAUCAAUGGAGAUGACCAAGAGGACAAGAAAUCUAUAUCCAGGCAAUCAAUAGCGUCAGGAAAUGGAUCGCUUUUUGUAAAGCGUUGCUUUAAUUGCAGUACGCUGGGACACAUCAGCAAGAAUUGCAUGAAGCCUUGGCGUAAGUGGGGCUCGUGUUUCCGUUGUGGCAGUUAUCAGCAUCACGUGGAGAAUUGUACACAGAUAUGCCGUCGGCGGAAGUACUAAAGUCUGGAGCAGCAAAGCGGAUGGAAAUGGAGACUAAUGUCCAGCUGCCAAAAAUUCCUCAAGAUUCUAUUCAUAAUUCCGGUUUUAUUCGCCAUUCCAAAUAAGCACGAGAACAAUGUUAAUUUUGUUAUUAUUGCGGUGAUUGAUUCGGGAUCCUUUAUUAAUUUACUUAAGUUUAUUUCAUACAUUCAUAUAUCAUUUUUUAAGUUUGGUUUUUUAAUUUUUAUACUGCGGAUUCGUCGCAGAGUUACGUAUGUAUAUCAAGGUGAGAAUUAUUCUUUAUUAUAAAUUCUACACAAUUUAUCCAAAAAGUUCGAAGACUACUGGUUAAAAAAAUAGGAAAAAUUGGAAUUCCCAAUGGAUAGUGCGACUAGUAUGUCUAGAAAAAAAUUAGUUCCGAAAUCUUUUGGACAGAGCGUCGUAGGUGUUUUCAAAAAAUUAUCGAUGAAAAGCGUGUUGAUAUAUAUACAUAUAUAUAUAUAUAUAUAUAUAUAUCUGAUUUAUCUUUUCAUGUAGAUGUCUUUUAUAAUUGUUGAGACAUUCGAUUAAUAUCAUUUUAUUUUGAGAGAAGUUUUUCGUUCAGAGAGAAAACAUGUGUAAUUUGCAAUUUCCAUUCCGAAUUUGAAUUCUAUUUUGAAUUAGAAUGAUUGGCUGUUAUCUACGAGAUGAAACGAUUAAGUAUAUAAUGCGUUUUAAGAUAGUUGCAGAUUGCGAUAGUUUUUAUCUUCGGUAAAAUUACUGUUCUAAUUUGCGUAUUGCAUAGUAGACAAUAUUUCUUUAGAAUUAUAAUUAAGAAAUUGAACACAUUGCAAGAUCGAGUAUAUUACAUGUUAACAUGUUAAGCCAAUGUAUAUUUAUUCUGGAGCCUAAAAUUUUCGAAUUAUUGUUGUUUAUCAAAUAAAUACAUGACGGAAAAGACGUGGAAUUGUGAGAGAAAUUAGAAAAAAGUAAAGUGAGAAAUUUGACAUUAUUAUGAAUUACCUGUGUGAUGGCUUAGUAUAUAAAAUUGGUAUAUAAAUUGGUAUAGUAUAUAAAUUGGCAAAGAUAGAUUGCUUUUUUAACUUCCAGAAUGUGUGUGUAAGCAGAAUAUUAUUAUUACAAGUUGGCACAAUGAUAUAGGCGAUUCGGAGAUGGACAGAAUUGUUAAAAAUAUUUUUAGAGUACUAAUUUCUAAAAAUUUAUGAAAAGCAUUACAUAAAUAACUAUUUAAAAUGUAUUGUGUUUUUUAACAUAUACUGUUAAAAAUAUUAUGAAAUUCAAUGUAUUUCAAGUUACACAAGUAUAGUACAUUAAAUUUUAUGUAUGUACUACCUAUAACUAAAAAGUAUGUGCAUGAAUUAGUGCACUUUUGAUAACAUUUAAUGUUUUCAAUGUAUCUGCUUGAAAUUUGCUUUAAUUAAAUUACAUUGGAUUACAUUAAAUUUUAAUGCCUAUUUUUAACAGUGCAAUUUAUCUAAUAGAUUAUGUAAUAUUAAUGUAAGAGUUAAAAUAUGCAGAUGAGCGGGAAUCUUCUGUAUAAUUUGACAUUUUUGAAUAAAAUUUAAUAACUUGAUUAAUUAA